CUGCAACAGGUUGUGGAUACAAGGGCAGUUUACUGCAUAAAAGUAUUUGCUCUGAUAGUAGUAUAAGUUGUAGAAUUGACUAGUAUGGCGUGGAUCACAGGGCUCCUGGCUUUAGUACUCUUCGCUUCGGUAGUCUCCACACAAGACCUGCGUUAUGCACAGCUCGCGAACCUGUUUGAGGCAAACCUGAAAGGUAUAGACGAGAUUGGGGAUGGGUCGUGUAUGGUUCCAGCUUUGACUUCCGCGUCAUGUUGUGUGACCAUGUACGGACACUCAGGCUGUAUCGUUGUGAAGUACUUGAUGGCUCCGUCGAAUACACUGAGUAUAUCCUUCACUUUGGACAGCAUCACACUGAAAACGAUCGACGUUCCAAUCAAGAAUCCCGACCCACCCUGCUUCACUUUCAAAGGAAAGCGUGUCUGCUUGGAAAUGUACGAUGUGCAGAUCACCACUACUUCAUUUAGCGCCUGUCUCAAAAUCACAGUGCACGCCGGCUUCAUGACAAAGUCAGUCAAGAUGGGCUGCUUCAGCCUGACGUUAAACCGCUGGGAAUCCGUUCUUCCUCUGCUGUUCAAAUCCCUCGAUGAAAACCGCGACUUUCAGCUUUUUUAAAGUCCAUGCAAUGUUUUGAUGGUAAAUGAACAGUAAUUGCAUGUCGUAGUCUCGCAAAAUCUCGCACGGCCUCGCGUGGCCUGGUGUUCAGCGGGCAGCGAAUUUUAAAAAUUAAAAUAGCAUACACGUCUUCUUGCAUAAAAAAUGAUGAGGGAAAAACCAGUAAGUCAGUCAGAAUUGUUUGUGAAGAUGGUUCUGAACCGCUAAGUGUUGUAUUUGUCUAUACAUACUGGAAUCUUUUCAACCCGUUUACUACCAGAGCGUACGCUGAACAUUCAGGAGACUGAAGAUUGUCAAGGUUUUACGAGACUAAUUCUGUUUGGUGCAAUAGCUUUACCAGGUGUUUAUUCCAUGAUUUGGAUAUUUUCAAUUACAUAUUUUACUGUUUUAUCUUUGGUCAAAAUGGUAUAUAAUAUAGGCUAUGUGCGCAACAUUACAUAUGAUUUAUCAAGACACACAAACCUCUUAAUGCCCAUAGAAGUCGAUAGACCAAAAUGUUGAUGAAAUGCUUGAUUUGUUUAUAACGUUAAAUCUUCUAACUUACAUGUAUUAUUUCUACAGCUCAUAACGAGAUAAUCUACAAAGACCCAUGUACCCUACACGAGCUUUUUAUUUACAAGUAUCGCAGUGUUGUCUGCUUGUUAUUUUAAAAUCCGUAAAGGUGUAUUCGUUGUUUUUUUAUAACCUGAAGAAUUAAUACUUAGGUAUAAUUAAUUUGUAUUUAGCUGGUCUCAAUGCGAAUAAGUUUUUAACAGAGUCGUUCAUCUUCUCUAACUUUUCUGUGAAAUUAGCCUAUCAAAUGUUGGUUUACAAAAACACCUCUCUCUCUCUCGAAAAUGUUGGUACAAAGACAGAACUUAGUGUUUGUCCGUUGCGAAUAUUGAUUUAACAUACGAACUUUUGAUUUGUUAGAAAACCAUUGUUUGGUGUCAUUUUCUCUGACUGAUUUUAUGUCCUGGCCACAUUUCAUGUAGAAUAAAAUUUGUUUUACUCACCGCCUUUGUUAAUUGACGCGGUUAAAACCGUCAAUAUUUUCAAUUCAUUACCGAAAUAAAGGUAACUC